AUUUCGGUGUUGAAUAAUUCGUCCAUUCUACAGAAUUUUUUUUCAACUUAAUGGCAUGAAUUAGAACAUGGAGAUGAGUCAACCCCAACCGGUUUUUAUUUAUGAUUUACCAGAAGAACUGUUAGAAUUAAUUUUGAGUAAAAUUUCUCCUUACAAUGACAUCAAAAAUGCCAGCCAAGUCUGCAAACAGUGGAAUCGUCUGGUAAAAGGGGUUGUUGUAAAAAUCAAACGAAGAUUUAAUCAAGCGAUUGAUGGAUGUGAUAUAAACUGGACGAGUAUACAAGCGGAAUCUGGCCAGACGAUAACCAAACGAUAUUCUCACUGUGCCUGUUAUUACGAUAAAUCACUGUAUGUCUGCUGUGGAUGUACGGUGACUAAUACAACAUUUAACGAUAUCUGGAGGUUUGAUUUAACUACCAGACAAUGGGUUCGACCAUUAGCUGUGGGUGCUUAUCCUUCUCCUAAAGGAUGUGCUUCAAUGGUGGUAUAUAAAAGUUAUUUAAUAUUAUAUGGAGGUUGGAGUCAUCCUACACCUUAUCCUCUUCAUCAGACAUCCAAGUUUUUUAACGAGUUAGAUAUGUUUAAUCCCGAGACUAAUCGUUGGUCCCAUAUCAUCCUUGCAUCUACGUACACCCCACCUCCUACAGCUGGACAUUCAGCUUCUAUAGUUGGUGAUUCUAUGGUUAUAUUUGGUGGAUCACAAGCUCCAGGGCAAGGAAGUAACGAAGUUUAUGUUUUUGAUUUUCUUGAAUCUUAUUGGAGAAAAGAGAUUACAGUUGGAGCAAAACCUAAUCCACGAUAUGGACAAUCUCAGGUUACUCUAGAUGACGGCCAUAUUUUAAUCAUGGGUGGAUGUGGUGGUGCUAACCAGAUUUUUUCCGAUGUGUGGUUGUUGAAUUUAUCAGACGAUGGAUGGAUGUGGAAAGAAAUAAAAGUAGAGAGUUCAGAAUUUGCAGCUCCUCAACUGUGGUGUCAUCCCGCUUGUAAGGUUGGCGAUUCGAUGAUAGUUUUAAGUAAAUCAGCAAAACCUUUGACACCUCCAGCAUCUAAACCUGUUGUUCGACCAUUUAUACCACCACCACGUCCUGCAAAUUAUAACCCCUUAUUACACGAACCAGGACCUAGUAGACGUAAUCAACCAGACAGUGAUGAUAGCUCAGGUGAUGAUAGCUCCUCAGAUGAAAGAAAGGAUAAUCCAACCUACCCUUCGUCAUUAAAUAACGAUAGCUUUGUACAUCCUUCCUCAUCGAAAACAGCAAGUAUUCGACCCGGACACCCAUCAGUUCGGCCAAACGCCAUGACAAAUCGUCAAAAACAGUUAGACACAUUACGUAAAUAUGAAGAACGAUUUCGGCAACAUCAAGCUACAACAUCUCCAGCUCCUAGCCCAACAGAUAAACCUGAGAGCCCUUCUAAAGACCGAAUAUCACCGAUGUAUAUGCAUGUUUUAGAUAUAAGUCAUGUGAUUGAGACUGGUAGCGCCUCCUGGAAACCGUAUAAGGAAAUAGUGACGCCCGAUACACCAGACGAGACAGUGUUUUUUAGUUUAGUUCACGGUCGUGGAGAAUUAAUUAUGUUCGGUGGUAUUGAGAAAGACAUAAAUUCCAUGCAGCGCGGAAUGGAGAUUAAAUCAUUGUCUGUUAGUAACAGCGUUUCUAUAGUUACUUCAAAACAUAUCCGUUUUGGUUGAUGGACAUUCUGCUAUAGUUGUAUCGAUGGACAUUGCUAACCUCCAGAUUCAAGCUUUUAUAUUUAGUAUAAAUCUGCAGCACACCUGUAAUUCAGGUAUCUUCAUUGAUCAAAUUGGUUGAUGAUCUUAGUAUCGUACAUUACAUCAUUCCUAUAAAUAAAGCUGUAUGUGAAGAUUUAUUUACAUACAAUACACCAGAUGAAUCAAUAAUAACUUCUUUACCUUCAGGGCAUGAAGUAGGCAAAAAUACUACUGUUCAGUCAAAAUUCUCCUACCUCGCAUUUGCACAUGUCGCCAUAAAAAUAAAUAUACUGUAAUAUUACAUUCUUGUCUCAAGGUGAUCACUGCAUUGAGUUGAUGAGACAUUAAAACACUUUCCGUUUUAAGGACGUCCAGUUGAAUUUUUUCUUGCAUUACAGUCAGAUCUAUCAACAUUCACAAUUAUCAAAAUACAAACUACGGUUUCAAUAUGUAUGUUGGUGAGGAUAUUGUACUAUGAUUUAAAAUACAAACUAGUUGAAGGUUUGGUGUUGGAGUAAGAUUCUGAUUAAUAAACUAAUUAGUUUAGAUUAAUAUUGAUGUAAUGGUCGUUGUUAGAAUGGUGGGGAUGUGACUCUGUGGUUAGGUCAGGCAUGAUUAAUUACAGUAUUAGAGAUAAAUAUGUGCUACCUUUGCUGAGAUUUAUUCACUUUAAAUUUAGAAGAGGAUCAAAUGUGUUAGUGAUUGUCAUCUUUCAUUAAAUACGUGUAGGUCAGUGCUUUUAUUUUGUAUUAUCGGAUGCGACUAAGGUUAUUUAAGAUUAUUGGAAACGUCUAAGGUUACAAUAUUUUAUAUUAUCGGAUGAGUCUAAAGAUGAGUCCAAUGUUAUUUUUGAUUAUCUGAUGUUUCUAAAGUUAUUUUCGAUUAUCUGAUGAAUCUAAAGUGGUUUAUAUUAUCGGAUGAUUCAAAAGAUGAGUCCAAUGUUAUUUUCGAUUAUCUGAUGUUUCUAAAGUUAUUUUAGAUUAUCUGAUGAAUCUAAAGUGGUUUUGGAUUAUCGAAUCAGUGAUUUUAACUCCAAUUUUUUGAAUAUUAUUCAAAUUAAUUGCAUUUAUUUUCUUGUUGAAAAGCCUCAUGACAUUUUACAGAAAGUUUUCUAUAGAGUACCUCUUUUAAUGGAUUGUUUCUGUAGCUUAAAUUCCAAGUCCUCAGACAGUUUUUGUAUGGUCUGUUAUUAACCUCAUAUAAUACUGCCAUAUAUAGCUAUUUGUCAAGUGCCAUCUAGUAUCAUAUGACACUGCCAUAUUUAGCUAUUUGUCAAGUGCCAUCUUGUAAUGCAUAAUAUUAUCUCAUAUAUUUUAUGGUAUUUAAUGUAGUAAUUCUUGGAUUUUAGUAUUUAUAUAUGUGUAAAAGAUUUGGAUUGUACAGAGUUUAGCUUAUAUUUAUCUUAUAAAAUGCUCACUCUUUACUUUAAUUAAAUAUAUUAGAUGGUUAAAUAUCUAUGUAAUAUUGUAGAAUAAGAAAUUAGCUGAUUUAAACAAUAUGUAAUAAUAUAAGAUUUAUGCCAAGUACAUACAGAGCUUAGAGCAUUUCCCUAUUGUGAUGUAGACUAAGAAAUUAGCUGAUUUAAACAAUAUGUGAUCAUAUAUAAGAUAGCGUUUAGAGUAUUUCCCUAUUGUGAUGUGGAUUUUUAUGCAUUAUACAUUAUCAAUAUAUCCGCUCAAACUUUUAUUCAAGUUGACUUUCUAUUUAUAAAAUACCAGAUGGAUCUUCUCAACAGCUUUUAGUUUCAAGGUUUGUAGUUUUGAAAUUUUUUUGACUUGUGUGGCUAUUUUAUUUAUCAACACUAUGAACAACUGUACAUUAAAUUGGUCUGGCCACAAGUUUAUAAAACAUUCCCAUCAGACUUAAGUUAAGAAUUUACUCAAAAUUGUUUGCCUUAUUUUAACUAAAAUAUAGCCCUUUAUAAAACUUUUGUUGUUUUAAUGUAUCAAAUACAUCAAUAAGAAACUAUGUGCAAAGUUUUGUGUUUCUGGAUCAAAGAUAUUUCUCAUAAACAGUGAUUGAAAGUUGAGUAAAUUCUUAACUUAAGUCUGAGAACUGUUUUAUGUGAAAUAGCUGUAUUUAUUAAUUAAUAACGUCCGUUUUCAGCUGGGUGAUAUCACGGACGAAGGCCUGUUGUAUUUCAGUUAAAAUAUCAGCUAUCUUUAUAUCAAUUAAAAUAGACUGGACAAAAUUGUUCCUGCAUUUAUUUUUAAAGCUCUAUUUUGACGUCAAUAUUAUAUAAUACGCCACUCAUUUCUCAUGUGUAUAUAUAAAAGUUAGAUUCGCGCCGUUAUGUGGGAUCUAGAAGAGAGGUAGGUUCAUGUCUCACCUAUUAGAGCAGGCUUUCCAGUCUGCCAUCAAAACAGCUACGGAAAGAGUCUGAUUGUAUUUCAGACACUAGGUGAUGGAUUCAGAGAGGCCCCAGGGAUUGUAUUGAAGAUUCUUCAGUACUGGAGUUAGGCUUUAGCUAAUAAAAGCUAGGGUCCCACAAUUCUCAACGGCCUCACUCAAUUCUCCAGGGCCUCACACAAUUUGAUGCUAUAGGUUCUGGUUUGGUAGGUUCUGAUUUGGUAUGCACCUUUUUGAGACCUUCUGGUUUAACAUGUUAACAAUAGGUCGCUGGGCAUUAUGUGAUUAUGUAGCUAUAGUAACUGAGUCUAUAUUAAGAUAUAUAUACUACUAGUUGAUGUUAUAUAAAUAUAUAUAUUGUCUGGAUAUGUUUAUUAUAUAAGAAAACAAAUAAAUAGUUUAUAUCAAGUUUA